UCCUCUUCUUCCAUUUCCAAACACACAUACACACACACAGUCUCUCUCUCUGGCGAUCUCGCCGGCGCUCCGGCCUUCAUUACCGUCGGAAAAUCUCCCUUCUUCUUCUUUCUCUCUCUGGCUAAGGUCUCUCUCCCUCUCGCUCUCUAUAAAACGUAUAUUCAUCUACAUAUUUCUCUUCUUUGCAUAAAAAGUACUUCUGUGGAUUGAAGGGUUAAGGCGAGCAUGGAAGGAACUGGAAUGAGAAAUGUGAGCUCCAACUGCUCCAUUUCUGACAUAGAUGAUUAUGAUCUCUCUAAGCUUCUUGACAAGCCAAGGCUAAACAUAGAGAGGAAGAGAUCAUUUGAUGAGAGGUCACUUAGUGAGUUAUCCAUAGGCCUAUCGAGAGGUUUAGAUCAUUAUGAAAGUGCUUCACCAGGCCGGUCAGUCUUGGACACCCCGACUUCAUCAGCCCGGAACUCUUUUGAGCCCCAUCCAAUGGUUGCUGAGGCCUGGGAUGCUCUCCGCCGCUCUUUGGUUCAUUUUCGGGGCCAACCAGUUGGCACAAUUGCCGCAGUUGACCAUGCUUCUGAAGAAGUCCUCAACUAUGAUCAGGUUUUUGUUCGAGAUUUUGUGCCUAGUGCUUUGGCCUUCCUGAUGAACGGAGAGCCAGAUAUAGUUAAGAAUUUCUUGUUGAAGACACUUCAGCUUCAGGGGUGGGAAAAAAGAAUAGAUAGAUUCAAGCUGGGAGAAGGGGUUAUGCCUGCUAGUUUCAAGGUUCUUCAUGAUCCUGUUCGUAAGACAGAUACCAUAGUAGCAGAUUUUGGUGAGAGUGCAAUUGGAAGAGUUGCUCCAGUUGAUUCUGGGUUUUGGUGGAUAAUUCUUCUCCGUGCUUACACAAAAUCUACUGGAGACAUGAGUCUCUCUGAAACACCAGAGUGCCAAAAAGGGAUGAGGCUUAUAUUGAGCUUGUGUCUCUCUGAAGGAUUUGACACGUUUCCUACGCUGCUAUGUGCUGAUGGAUGCUCAAUGAUUGAUCGGAGGAUGGGAAUUUAUGGUUAUCCUAUAGAGAUCCAAGCACUCUUCUUUAUGGCACUGAGAUCUGCAUUGGCAAUGUUGAAGCACGAUGCAGAGGGGAAAGAAUUUAUUGAGAGAAUAGUGAAGCGCCUGCAUGCCUUGAGUUUUCAUAUGCGAAGUUAUUUCUGGCUUGACUUUCAACAAUUAAAUGACAUAUACCGCUAUAAAACUGAAGAGUAUUCUCACACCGCAGUAAAUAAAUUUAAUGUUAUCCCUGAUUCAAUCCCGGAGUGGGUAUUUGAUUUUGUGCCUAUGCGUGGUGGUUACUUUAUUGGAAAUGUUAGUCCUGCUAGGAUGGACUUCAGGUGGUUUGCUUUGGGUAACUGUAUCGCUAUCUUGUCUUCCCUUGCCACCCCUGAGCAAGCUUCUGCUAUUAUGGAUCUCAUAGAAGAGCGCUGGGAGGAGCUAGUAGCAGAUAUGCCUUUGAAGAUAUGUUAUCCAGCAAUUGAAAAUCACGAAUGGCGGAUAGUUACUGGUUGUGAUCCCAAGAAUAUUAGAUGGAGUUACCAUAACGGAGGAUCUUGGCCAGUGCUUUUGUGGUUGCUGACGGCUGCCUGCAUUAAGACUGGACGGCCACAAAUUGCAAGACGGGCAAUUGAUCUUGCUGAGAGCUGCUUGCUCAAGGACAGCUGGCCUGAAUACUAUGAUGGAAAACUCGGAAGAUACAUUGGUAAACAAGCAAGGAAGUAUCAAACAUGGUCAAUUGCUGGAUAUCUUGUAGCAAAGAUGUUGCUGGAGGAUCCUUCACACUUGGGAAUGAUCUCUUUGGAAGAGGACAAGCAAAUGAAGCCUGUAAUCAAGCGAUCAUCUUCAUGGACGUGCUGAAAAUGUUGAGCUGAAGCAAGAGACAACGGUAGAAAUGAAUAGAGAAACACAACAGGUGAGAGAUCUUUUUGUUACAUUACAACAACACAAUUCUUUGGCUAUUUCUGUCCAUCUAGGUUUGCUCAAGAGCUCCUUUUAUGUAAAUUAGCAUCCAGCCAGAUCAAUGUCUUUGUUUCUCAAAAUAAGAGACUUUUGUUUUGAUAGCUUCCACUGUGUUGGACAAAUUUUAGAUACUGAUGCUCUAAUUGUUUGAACAAAGACGCUGAAUAUGAUGUUUCUAACUAUA